AUGGGCGGUGGCCCCGCGGCUGCUCCAAUCACUGCCCAGCGGAGCCAUGGGGGCGUGGACAAGCCGGGAAAGUUGUGGCGGAGUCCUUCCAAGCCCUGCGGGGAAGUCAGAUCACUGACGCCGCGACCUUACAGGGUGCUCGGGGGCCAUAGCGGCCCAUCAGGACCUAGCUGGUCGGCCGGGCUCCUCAUCCCCGGAGCCUCCUUAGCCACGUUUCUAAGGCUGUGGUUGCUACCCACUCAGGAUCUACAGUUCAGCAUCGCUGGAAGUGGUGAGCCAUCUGUGUCUCGCUCUCGCUUUCACCGCUCUGGUCUGUCGCUGUAUCCUCAGAUAGUGACGGAUUCCUGGACGCUGUUCCUGGUGGCAGUGUCUGUGGGUGUCUGCAGGAAAGCUGACUUGCUGUGGAACCAGACCUUGGGCCAAGCAUGGGACCUUCUCAGUCACCAUUUGGUGGUAGUGAGCUACCUCAGCACUGCUGUUUUGUCUGGCUACUACUUGGGCUUCUCUAUGGUUUGGCUCCUGGGACUAAACUCUGCCUGCUUGCAUGGGUGGAAGCUGCUGUUGCUUGCUCACCAAGCCCCCUCUCUGGCCUUUAGUGUAACUAAUUGGGGCACCCUGGCCCUCUUCUGUUUGGUUCCUUUGUGAUGGAUGAAUCUCUGGUUGCUCAGGCAGCACCACCAGGAGCCUCUUGCCCUGGUUGUCCUUGGUGGAAUGGGGCUGGUCACUGUGGGUGCCAUGAGCAUCAAACUGGGUGUCCACAUUCUAGCCAGUGAUAUCUUGCAGUCUCAGCCCCACCCACCCAUCCUUGGGCACAAUGAGACCAGGGGAACCAGGACAUGUUGUGUUGAUGAACUUGUCACCAGGGACAGUCCCAUUCUUAACCUGAAAGACCACAAAGAAGAAUUCCCUUCUGCCAGCCCUGGGGGCAAUGAAGCUGGGACAAGCUGA